GAGAACUGCACAUGUCCUCCUGUACUCGUUAACCUUAAUCUGACCAAGGACCUUCAAGAUAUUAUACAAAAUGUUUUGCCUGGAAAGAGGUGGAUACCUUUUAGAGCGACUGUAAACCGCUUAAUCUGUAGUUUAUCAGCAACUUCCGGUUACUGGAAUAUUUUUCGGGAGUACGACCCUCCAGAACAUAAAACAAAAUUUAUCGCAACAGAUCUAAUCAAGUCUAAACCAUUUGUUAAUAAAAAGAGGAAUCUGGACAAGGAUGUCUUCUUCUACGUCAGUUAUAUUAUAAAAAGUUUUCCAAAGGGCAAGAUCAUCGGAUAUGAUUAUGGUUACUUUGCGGUCAAACGUGACCCACCGAUCGCAAGCAUCAUGGGACCAUUAAAAGCUACCAAAGGAGAUGGAAAUAUCAUCCUUAAUGGAUCGUUGUUGCAUAACCCAGAACAAACCAAGCAACUCAACUUUACCUGGCUCUGCAGGCGAAUUUAUGAAAUUUUGCCUACUCCCUAUCAUAUUGCUGAUCUUCCAAAAGUGCGCACAAAUUUUUCAAGAGGUUGCUUUGGCUACGGUCCCGGAAUACUGAGCGUUACAACAAAUAUUCUCGUCGUUGAUGUGGACAAGAUGGAGGAGGGACAGACAUAUGUGUUUGAACUAAUCAUAACAAGUGGUCAAGAAACCUUUAACGCCAGUCAUCAAUUAACCAUUCAUCCGGAAAUUAAAUUUCUUAUUAGGUAAGCCAGUAGUUAUAGUAAUAAUGGACAGAAAACUGUUUACCAAACAAGGGAACGAGACGAAUGAGGCGACUAAAUCAAUGAGUUGAACGGGCUCAUCCUCGGUGUAUGAAUCCGUGGUGACGUAAAACAAAUAAGUCAACACAAAAAAAGGUACGAACAAAGAGAAAGUUUACAGGAUCAUACACCGAGGUAAACCUAAUAAACGAGAAAGGUGGACUGACCUGCAUGAUGAGGUCGUGACUAUAAUUUUUUUUUUUGUAUUCUUGAAUAAUUUUUCGAUUACUCCUUAUGUUGUUGCAUUUAAAAGGGCUCUUUUCAGAUUAUAUUUUUUAUUUGCAGUUGCAGUUACAACUGUGGCCCCAAAGCAGUUAACCCCAGCCAACGAACGGUCUUAAAAUCGAGCUGUACUGGAAGCCUUUGUAAAAACAUAACACGCUACGAAUGGCAUUUGUUUCAAUUAGACUCUGCUGAGGUGAACCGUUUUUGGAAAGACGUCACCGACUUAGAUAAGCGAAUAAACACACCUAACGAUAAUCCAGUCCUAGAGCUGGUUGGUAAAAUCGCUAAAAACGAGUAUUCAUUGAAGAUGAAUACAUCUUACAAGAUAAACGGUUCAAUUGAAGUGAACGGCAAGAAAAAAUAUUCGAGUCUCAAUGAGAUAACGUUUGAAACUAUGUCGCCUUUAUCAAUUCCCAACGACACUUGCAAAGUAACACCGACUGAGGGUGUUGCCUUGGAAACGAACUUUACUGUUGACUGUACUGGCUGGCAAUACCAAUACGCAAACCUAACUUAUUCCUUCAGGUAAGUUUCAUGAUUAUGAUUUGAACUGUUUAUCAUGAUUUGCAAGGAAAACAAGGGCAUGUGACUGAUGCAAAAUUAUUUAUUCCUUUUCGCGCAUUCUUUCUGUCAUUUUUAGUUAGGGGAUUAAAGCAAAUUAGAGAAAUAUUUUGAAUAAAUGAUCAUUUUGGUCAUACUCGAUGCUAGAGUUCUUUGAUUUUAUUCAUUAAAUUAAUUACCGAAUUCAAUUACACAAAUAAUCAAACUAACACAUUUAAAAACAAACGUAGAAAACCCUAAUAUUAAAAGUGAUAUCUGCAUCAAAAAAUUAGGAAAGUUUAUACAGAACACGAGGAUUCAAUAAAUAAAAACAAAAAAAAAUUGUCAAUAAUCAAUGAAAUACAGAAACUCAUGAAAAUUCGAAUCCUAAAUAUAAAUUCAUUGAAGCUCAAUAAUCCCAAUUAGUGGUCUAUUAUCAAUGCUGCGUUCUGAUUGGUUGAGCUACUACUGGACUAUGUGUUAUAGCCCACUAGUAGCGAAAAGCGCCGGCUUUUUGGCAGCGAAAAAUGAUUAAAGUCUUGCUUUAACUAGCUAAAGUUGUUUUGUCUCGAUAUUUUUUACCAACUAGUUGGAUUUUACUAAAACAAUUAUUUCUUUCGCCCCCAUGGCCUCUGAGUCAAUAGGCCAUUCGGCCUUCGGCCUCAUGGUCUAUUGACUCAGAGUCCCAUUCGGGCUCGAGGAAUAAUUGUUAAUUAUCAUUCGUUGCAGAUUUUUCUUCCUUUUCAUUGGUCGAGAGCCUAGCACGUGACCUGCAAAUAGCUGCCUCCAAAUAAUGGUCUGCUCAUGCUCAAUAUUGUCCAAAUGUGUUUGGCUGGAAAUAAUAUUUGGAUCAUUCGUAAAUGAAACCACGCCUUUCUCCUUCUUGCGAUCACUGUUGCGUCAAAAUGACAGAUCGACUCGCAAAUUAUUUAAAAGAAAAAAAACUCGCUGAUCGAAUGAUAACUUAGUUGUCGCAAAAUAUCGUGAUUUCGCAGAUCUGCUCGCCGCUAACAAAUCACGAUAUUUCACAUAACCUCGUCCAUGAGGUAUUAAUAUCAAAUAUUAAAGUUAAAUUUUACUGUUGUUGAUGGUUCUCACUUGCCCUUAGAUAUUUUUUCAGGUUUUCUUCUUUCUCUGAAUACAAUUAUUUUGCAAAUUCCAUUUCGGCCAGGAAAGGGCAAAUCCUUUUAAACGAGUACGUCAGAGCUCGUGCGUAAAGAAUUAUUUACAACUUGGGCAGGUUCGAUUGAAGGUAUUCUGGAAUAUGAAUAAAUGAAACAAACUUUGGAAAUCAUCUUUUGCAUUCAUUGCAAUGUUAUAUCCAGAAGUCUCUUUGAAGUAAAAUAUUUCGCUGAGAUUUGGGCUUUCCGGAGACAGUUGCUUUUGAGAGGAAAACGAGUAAGUGCCCGAGCAAAGUGACGAGUUACAACGACGAAAAUAAUGUCGUAUAUUCGACAAUAAAGUACAAAUGAAGUGCAAAUACUGGUCAUUUCUUAAUCGGGACAAUUCUUUGUAGUUGUUGUUGUUGCUGUUGUGUGUUUUUUAUGUUAUUUAUUAAUUUUUUCGGAUUUUAGGCAAUUUACCUUAGAUUUAAGCGAAAAUGUUAACAAAAAAUAACUAAAAUAGGUUCGUGUUUUUUCUUGUUCUAGUUAUUCUGCAUAUUUGACGCUGACGUCACUUUGUUCAUGCAUUAAGUAAGUUUUUUCCUGUAUAAAGCGACGGCCCCCUAAAAGUAACGAAAGCCAAGAUUUGUAACAAAACAUUUGCUAAUUCUCAUUCCGGAUUACGAUCAAUCGAAUGCACCAUAUGUUUUCUAUUGGCUGGACAAUUAAAUAAAAAUUUUGUUAUAAGAUAAGUGAUGCUCUAUAAAUUUCACUUUCGUAUUAAUUUUCUCACUCCUAAGCUGUAAAUUUCUUUAAUGUUUUUCUAGGUACAUUACAGCUUUAACUGGGUUGGUUAUUUUGGAAAGUAAAACCCAAAACCAUAGUAUAUCAACAAGCCUUCCCAGUACAGGGAAUCAAUCUGAAGACUACAAUCUCAAGAUACUCAUUGUCAUUGAAGACACAAACGGCGCGAGUCAUUCAGACAAGUUAAUUGUGAAGGUACAUUUAUGGAUAAUAUGAGCUGGAUUAGACGUAUUUGUUUUUGUUUUGAACGUUUUGGGGGGCUUUUUUGUCAGAUUCAUGUAUUAAAGAAGUCUUGUUGCAAUGGUACCAGACGGUUUUUCUUGGUACUUUUCAGAGUCUAAUCAGUUUUUGUUAAAGAACUCUUCAUUUUAUUAUGCCAAGAACAAGUCUUUUGAUACAUCUGUACAUUCAUAUCAUCACAUCGCAACCGAGGCCAGAUCUCACAGGGAAUGGUCAAGAAUGGUUAGAAUUUCAUGCCAAGUGACAAAAGCAAGAGAUAUUACUGUAAAGAGUGAGGUCUUUUAGUAACUCGCAGUAACUGCCAGUGUACCAUGGUCUAGAAGUUAGACGGUUGACCUCUGGGUAGGACCUUUGCAUUUGUGGGUCAAUUGGUGCUGCCCUUAAAGGAGCUGUCUCAGCAAAAUUUGGAAAUUACAAAAUGCCCGUUAAAUUAAGAGAAACCUAAACCUAACCGCUUAAAACUUUAAAGGAAAGUUAAAAUAACAUAACAGAAACAACAGAUGCCACGGAUGGGCAAAACUGAAGAAGAUUGAAACGGAUUGAAGUUAGGGUUUUUGAAAACUGUUCAGCCUAACAGUUUUUCAAAGUUGAUUCCUGUUGCUCGCAACUUCAAAAAUAAUGCUCAGGAGACAUAUUUGUUUGUCAAGGAUCUCGGAUUUUGUCAUUUACAUGUGAUUUCUUUGCUUACUUUAAGUUCCAUAGCGAUUGAGGGCGAGUAAUUGGCAAAAUUUAACAAAAUGAACUGGACUGCCGUGACAUAGCCCCUUUAAAGACUUUAAAAUACAUUUGAAAAAGAAAACAAUUCCAAGGUUCAGCUCCCACUUCCUACCUAAUGCGUUCAUAAUGCGUGCGCCUCUUUAGUUUUCAAUAGCCGUACAAAGGCGAGUGCCACUGGGAAAAACAAAAAGAGUGACCUUGGGCCAAUUUUUCCAAAUUGAACUGUUCUGUUUUCUAAAUCAAUUAUUUUUAAAAAAUAAAACAUUGAAUUGAACUUUAACAGUCAUAUACGGGUGAAAUAUACAUUAAACAGCUAGUGCGUGAGCAGACAAGUUGUGUCUACUCGACAGGUGUCGAGUGGACAAAUGUAUCGCAUUAGUGAAUGUGCAAGGGUGACUCGGACCGUUGAGUGAACUAAGCAGAUGCAAGUCUGUCGAGGAGACUCAACUUGUCUAGUCGUAAGAGUUGUUAACGUAUUUUCCACUCGUAUCAUGUCGACAGAAUUGGACAUGAUCUUUGCAAGUCUCGAGAAAGAUGAGACUAAUUUUCAAAAAUUGAUUUUAAAAAAAUGGAUCUCCGACCAUAUUUGUAUAGGUAAUAGCAUGAUUAGUAGUGAUAUUCGGCAUAAAUACCACGAGUGAUAUUUCGAAAUUGUUAUACGUAAAUUCAAGAGCCGUUAGGCAAGUGAAAUUUGAGACAAUUUCGAAAAAUCACGAGUGGUAUUUAUGCCAAAUAUCACGUAUAAAUCAUGCUAUUAUUUGUUUAUACUACUAUCCUCAAAAGGUUUGUAAUUUUCACAUGUAGGUAUUUCAAAUUAAGCUGAAAUACCACUGCUCUAAGCCAAUCAAAUUGCAGAAAUUUCUCAUGUAGUAGUAUAAAAGCUUAAAUGUCGCGAAGCAGGUCAUUUACGAAGUUUUUGAUAGCAGUAGUGGGUUUUAAGUUGUUGUUGUUUACUGUUAUUGCUUUUGUUUUACAGCAGCAACCCUAAGGUAGAACAACACUGGGUUUAUUGUCUUGAGCCUUCUGUGCUGAAGCAAAUACAGUUUACAAUGUCUAUUAUCUACAGCAUCUUUCUUUCAUUUUGCUUUUGCAUGAAUUGAAGUCAAAACAACUGUACACUUAGAUCGCGAAGCCCAGACUUCUCAGGAAUCUAAAUAUGCUUCACUGCUACCGUAAAAUUCCGAAAAUAAGCCCCUCCAUGUAUAAGCCCCUCCAAAUAUAAGCCCCCCAAGCUCGUAACGCACAAAAACCUUCCGUUAAAUCGCCCCUCCAAAUAUAAGCACCCUGGAGGGCUUGUACUUGGAAAUUGCCCUCAAAUACAAAGUAAAACAAAGCAAAAACCGUAAAUUUCCUUUAAACUAUAAGGCUAACCCAAUCGAUUUUGAAACGCAAAUUUCCCUCCAUUGAUAAGCCCCUCCAAAAAUAAGCCCCUCAAAAAGGGCCUUUCAAAAAUAUAAGCCCGGGGACUUAUUUUCGGAAUUUUACGGUAUGUUCAUAAAGGUUAGGCCAUCUAGAAAGACAUCAAAUGUGACAGAUGCGAUUGAUGACUUGUUGGAGAAAGGAGACGUACGCGGAGCUACCACUACAGCCAUUUCUUAUCUUCUUGGUUCCAGUGACAAUCAGGUAGGUGUUUAAGGAAUCCAUAUCUGAACUCAACGAGUCACGUCAUGUUCACUUCACUUCACUUUCAUACACAGAACCACGAAAGUUGAGUGCAUUCUCUACAUACCGUACUUAGUACGUGGAAAAAGAGCCCUGGCGCUUAUGAAAAUUUCCUUGCCUCAAGGAAAGUUAAACGCGACAAAGAGUUUUAUCAACUAGGCUAUUAUUAUUUACCGAAUUAAAUUAGCAAAAUUAACGUCUUUUUAUUUUGAUUAUAUCAGGGCCCCUGAACUUAUUCGGGGCGCGGGGCUUAUUAGUUGUUUUCUCCCAAAUGAGGCGCUUAUUCGAUGAUCUGAGUUAACACGGGAACCCAAAUUUGGAUUUCUACUGAACACGUUCUAGGUCCCAUGUUAAAUCUUACAACAUUUGCUCACUUGAAACAUAUGAAACCAAGAAAAUAUCAUAAAGAGUCCCAAAUUUUGAGAACGGAAUGAACACUUCUCUUACUCCGCCUCUGUUCCCCCUAAAGAAAAACAAACAAUCAAACAAAAAACAUAAGCGUCCACUGGGGAAAAUCGGGCAAUUACCAUUACUCUUUACUUAUUAUUUUAGAAGAAGGACACCAUUUUGAGCUCCAUGGCUGCGGUUAAUAUCACAAAGAUCAGCGAGGCCACUCAGCUUACAACUAUUGCUGUUUUGGCAACGCAAGAUAGGGACGGAAUUCCUCUUGAAACCAUGGCAAGUAUUUAAUCAAUAAUGGCCCAUUUUAUGCUGAAGAGGACCUACAACUUCGAGCGAAUCCUGUUUGAGCAAAUCGAUUUUUUUUUCCUGGCAUACUAACAGAAUAUUUUAACUGUAAGUACUUCCCUAUAUGUACGCCGGAACGUCUAGGAUACCUCCUCGGGAUUUCGCCUUCUCGGCGAAAUCCCUGUGGGGGCAACAGUGUACGGUAUUCUGUUUAGUACGUCGAUUUAACUCCCUAGGAUGUUAAAUGCGGGAAUUGAUGGAUGUAAAACAAAAUUAACUGGGACCCACCUAUGACCAACACGUCUAGAGAUAACUGGUCCUGAAGUGUUUUAACGCUUCAUUCCAGAAUGUCCGGUAUGUUAAAAAGAAGUGAAAUCGAGACAAAAUGCAAAAUAACAAAGCGGAAAUUAUGUUUGUUGUGUUAUGUUAUGUUUUAUUGUUUUUUUGUUUGUUUGUGUUUUCUUUUAUCAACGAGGGCAUACCGUUUUUACAGCAAACGGCUAACUUCUCCGACGUUAACUUUGACGUCUGUGGAAUAAAAAUGGCCGGCAGUGUUCAGGACGAAGUGCGCUUGUUCAUUCCGCGAAAGCGAAAAGCGAAAACCGUAUAUUUUGGGUGCCAACUUUUGUUACCUGUCAUUAAAUUAUAUUGUCGAGAGACACUAUUUGACAUUUUACGGGACAAAAACAUCUCUUCAGGCACAGUUUUUCGCAUUUUAUUAGUCGAAAGAAUAACCUAAUGCCCUGUAUAAUUGUUUUAUUAAUACAGAUUUGGCUGUAGCAGUUUAAUCCAGGUACCUUCCUCCUUCAAAACUUGAUGAUGACCAAACUUUGAUUGAGUGAAUUUCCUUUUUCGUAGGAGAACACUGCUAGUGUGCUAAACAAUACAAUCAUCUUUCUCCUCAAAAAUGCUGUGAAUAACAGAGAUGUGGUUGAACAGAACAUUGGCAAAAACGCUAUAAAAGGAUUGUCCAAUAUUCUUCACGCCUCUGCCAACGUGCCCGACAAUCAGGUAAACUUGGGAUUUGGACGUUUAAAGCAAAUGGGAGCGAGAUUCGGGAACCCUAUUACAAAACCCUCAAAUAACUCCACCACUCGAAGUACAUAUCAUACCCAAACUCGCAGUUUUUGCAUUCUUUGAGCUAAUAAAAUUCUUAUUUUAUAUCAUGGACUAGCCCGUGCAAGUUAAAAUGAUGUGGUAGUUCCCUCAAAGACCAAGUGAAACCUGACAUUAAUCAUUAUUACAUGACAGGCUAAAAAUGUAACUGAGAGAAUCCUUUCCUUGGUGGAUACACUUGCAACAGCACUUCUCUCCAUAAAAACAUCUGGCCAGAGACAGAGUGUCUAUGACAGCGAUUUCAUCAAAAUGAGACUUUGGCGACAAAGGCCAAAAAAUCUUGGAAACAAAACUUUCAGUGGACACGAGGAGGAGGGAAAUGUGACUUUUCCAUCUGCCGACGUCAUAUUUGGCAGCGACGAAAAGAUUCAGAAACAAGGAACUGUCGAUACCCAGGUGAGUUAUCAUCAUCUGCCCAUAAAUCCGAGACUCCGAGACCCUUCGGUAAAAAAAAGAGACGUCGAAAUCACCCGAAAACGAGAAGUUGAGACCCAUCAAAAACGCUUCCGAGAUCUCGAGAUCAGCCCAAAAUUGUCCGAGACCACGUUUUUCGAGGUAACAUUCUAUACGCCUGCCAAGCUUCUUUCGCCAUUCGUGCAGGACUGUUAGUUUUCUGCUACCUAUAUUGACCCAACAGUUUAGGUUACCAACAAAUAACUUGCUGCACAUAUGGGCAUCAAAACCUUUUUUCUAAAGCAAUUGUAUUAAAUACAUUCAAAUAAUAUAUAAAUUUUGCCAAGGCUAAAGGCCUAGCUUACGUUAAAUAGGCAUCCACUGAAACCUAAGCCCGAGAUAAUCGGCAAACACUUGCUAGCGGAGAACUUCAACAAACACGUAACCUCGAUGGGUCGACACCUGAGCCCGCAUACGGUCAUGUGAAACUGAUCAGCGGAUACCUUGUUUUGCCACUGACAACUGUCAAUUGACCACAACAUGGAUGGAAAGUAUCAGGUUGCAGGCUCCCACACUAGACAGAGAGUUUGACAUUUAACGUUGCUUGCCCUGUGGUGCGGACGGACGAGCAGUCGGGUGGAACUACGGUCACAUGAUUACCAGAAUUUUUCGGAUGGAUAGAUUAGGAGCCCCACUCGCGCCCUCUUCGAGUGAUUGCGUCCGCACCCUCCAAAAUUCUUACAGACCGGUAAGAGAAAGUCGUCUCUUUUGACUGAUGAAUUAUACAAUAUUUUUUUCUUUGUUUCUCUUUUCUUUUCUUUUUAUUUUUUAUCUAGAUUGUAACUUUUAAGGACAACCCAUACUUAUGGUCGGAUACCUCGAGAUUAAUCAGAUCGGCGGUUUUGAACCUGGAUUUAAAGAUGACGAAUGGAUCACACCUUCAGAUCUCGAAUCUUAGUGAGCCUAUAAAACUGUUCAUUCCAAUAAAGGGAUCAAAGGAAACGGAAAUUGCACAAGAUCAUUACUUUGUUAACUCAAGUGUUAUUCGAUAUCACAAAGUUAAACUUAGAAGUGCCCUCGAAACCGUUGUCGUAAAAAUAAUACCAGACAAAGAUGCUCUUUUGGACAUUUUUGUAAGUGCUGGUGUAAAACCAAAUGCGGAGAACUACACCUUUACAAGACGAAUUCCAGAUGACUCCGAUAACACUUCGUGUAAAUUUAUUUAUCCCGGCACUGGUUUCAUCAACUGUGCAAUCAACCCAUAUAUGUUUUCAUUUUCGAGCAACUUGACAGGAGAUCAUUUCAUAGGCAUCCGUCUGGUGUAUGGCAGGACCAAGCCUGUGUUGAAAUCUUUCGUAAAAAGCCACGUCCGACGGAAGCGUUGGUGGAUUACUGUGAAGGAGCCUCCCACUACUCCUAUCUCGACAAUAAGGGUUGUGCCAAAGUACGACAGUAAGACCGACGUUAAUUACUCAAUGUCAGUUAAAAUUGGGACCUGCCUCUACUGGGAUGAGAAUAAACAGGAUUGGACAAGUGAAGGAUGCAAGGUAGGUCUAUUACAGUUGACUCCCGAUAACUCGAACCCUCGCUAACUCGAACCUCGCGCUAACUCGAACCAAAAUCUAUUUCCCCCGGAUUUCCGUUAUACAUUUACUGUAAUUUUACCCUCGGUAACUCGAACCCUCGAUAACUCGAAUCUCCCGCUAACUCUAAGUAAUUUUUGUUUCCCCUCAGAUCAUUUCUAUAUAAUUUUACCCUCGAUGACUCGAACCAUGUUUUGAGCCCUUAAAAAGUCGGGGAAAAAACAGUGUACUGGCGUCCGAGACAUUGAAUUUUGAAUUUCCCAUUGACGUGUUGUAGGCAUGUAGUUACUAGUGGAGGCUUAUGUCGUUUGUUACAAAUCUAACUUGAAACAGUAAAACGCAUGCUUAUUUACGCAAUGUUUUGUUACGUUACCUUCUGAUUUAUAAUCUAGAAUUAUCUUUCAAUUUUCACUUAACAUUUCUACAAUUGAAUGUGAUUAAAAUGUUCACUAUUCAGUAAAAACUGUUUUUUCCUUAUUCCCGGCUAUUUUCUUCGAGCUCCCGAUAACUCGAACUCCUGAUAACUCGAACGUUUAUCGAUUUCCCUUGAAGGUUCGAGUUAUCGGGAGUCGACUGUAGAUUUUUCUCAUCAAUAUCAUUAGCUUGAUGUUCAUGAUCACUAUCACCAUUGUCAUAAUCACCAUCUUUGCCAUUAUCGUUGUCAUUAUCAUUAACAAUGGCAUUGUUAACUAUUGCCAUCGCAAUCGUCAUCAUCAUCAUCAACAAUGUCAUCGCCAUUGGCAUCGUCAUUUCCAUUUAUAUUGUCAUUGUCAUUGCCAUUACUAUAAUCAUUAUCAUUGUCAAAGUGGUUGCCAUUACCAUCAUCAUACAUGCAGAAAUGAUGCCAUGUUCCUCGCAAUUAAAUGAGAGCGAAUUUUACUGGAUCUGAAAUCCAAGUUCAAAAAAACACAAAUAAGACGCCAUUUACUAUCUUCAAAAAGUUAACAAGCAAAAUUAUUCUUGUUACACUAAGACAGUUUGAUUUCAAACUAUGUAUUUCAUAUAAAAUAUGGCGAAUUCACCACUUUCCAGUUUCGCGCACUAACGUUUUAACGGUAUAUCACCAGGUGGAGACCAAUCAGUUGUUUGGGCUAAUUUGGUUUCGCCCCUCGUUUGUCGACUUGACCUUCUACUUUAGUAAAGUCCCUAUACUUAAAGGAUCUUUCCCGUGCAUUCUAUUUGUUUUGGCGUUUGCUCCAUACUAAAAGCUCAGUGACUCUUAUAAUUUCUAUUGUUUCCUGUUUAAAAGGUUGGAUCGGAUGAAGGCAGUGGUACUCUGCAAUGUUUGUGCAAUCACCUGUCAGCAUUUGGAGGCAAUUUGUUUGUAGCUCCUAACCCUAUCGACCUUGAAGCAGUUCGGAAACGAUUCAUAGAUCCAGAACCCGACGACUUUGUCGUUCUUGUAACUGUGUGCAUUAUAUUUGGCAUUUACUUUAACGGUCUUGUACUUGCCCGUCGAGCCGACAAUAACGACAAACGGAAGGUCAGUAAAGUUUCAAGUAUUACGAAGAACCAGUUUAUUAAAAGCUGCUUUAAUCGUAUAGAGAUUGCCGGACUGAAACCGCUACACAGUUAGCUCGGUUAAACAGGGGAGAGUCUGUCGAGGGAAGGUCAUGAGCUCAAAACCCGUUAGCACUUUUAACAGGAGUUUUCAAAAAGCGUCUAAGAUCGUACUGGCAGAGAAUCAAAAUCUUGUCUCAGUUCAGCUAAUUGCGUCCCAAUCUUUGGACGUUGACGUUAGGCCGUCAGGCUUUAGCGCUCAUCAAAUUUCACUUUAGUUAUUCGUUUGAUUGUGGCGCAUGCUACUGGAUUGCUUUGCCACCCACCCACCCUGGGUUGUUAUGCACGAGGAUGGUAGCGAGUUUUAUUACUCUCAUCGUUUUGACGACUGUCAGUUUUACUGAACAAUGACUUAUCUCUGUGCCAAAACACAAAUUGUGUGUGUCAUUUGUCUUUGGCGUGGGGUGGGGCGGGGGGGGAAGCUGGGCCUGUCAGGGAAUUUCAGACCCUAACGUUAUUGGCUUCACGUGGUUCUUGUCAUUAGAACUGACUAAUCUAAUAAAAAAGAGGGAGAGCACGAAAAGAUGAGGGAGUUAAUACUAAGGAAAGGCUAGAGCUGGAUCAGUGGACGAAAACUUAUGACGUUACAAUUCAAAUUCCAAAAGAACACCAAUGAAAAAAGUUUAAGGUGCCCGUUAUUAGAUAAGAGAGGUUAAUCCGUAUCAACUUUCCAAUUCGCGACAUAACCAAUGUAUCCUACAAAGAAUGUUGGCCGUUAUUUUGUUGAGAGAGAAAAAAAGGAGCGUAUCUUCGAGAGUGUGUGUCUUUAAAUGUUUCAUCUUAUAAUAGUUGUUCUUAUAUCAGCUUAACAGUUCUUCUUAUAUAUCAGCUUAACUUUUUAUAAUCUUUAUUUUAGGUCGUUGCAAAUGUGUUCGUAACUACAUCCUUAAAUAUGGAUGGCCACAAUACCAAAGGAAAAAGAGAGAGAGUGGAUAACCCAUUUCAGUUAUAUUCAACCGCUGAUUCUUCUGACAAAAACGUUUACCACCUAAGCAUCGAAACGGGAAUGUGGAUAAACAGUGGGACAUCUGCAAAUGUUGCACUUAUAAUAAAUGGUGAAGAAGGAAGCAGUGGAGAGAUUUCGUUGACAGAUCCUUUGGCCAGGAGAAAAUUAUUUUCGCGUGGAAGCGUCAAUAACUUCAUCCUUGCUUUGACAACUUCGUUAGGAAACCUUACAGAUAUCAUUAUAUGGCAUGACAACAAGGGAUCCAAUCCGGCCUGGUUUCUUCAAGAAAUUGUCGUAACAAACCAGCAAACAGAGGAAACUUGGUUCUUUUUUGCCAAUCGGUGGCUUUCGCUCGACAAAAGAAGUGGUUCUGUUGAGGUCUAUCUUGAACCCGCGAAUAAGGACGGACGUUCCUUAUUUAAACCUCUUUGUUACGGAAGAACGGCGCGAAACUUAAGCGAGGGACAUAUCUGGAUUUCAUUGUUCACACGACCUCCACAAAACCCGUUUACGCGAUGCCAGAGAUUAUCAUGCUGCCUUUCUCUUCUUUUCACAGCCAUGGCUACCAACGCUGCCUUCUAUGAAUUCGGUAAUACCCAGACUGACACCUUCAAAUUUGGUCCCCUGGUCAUGAGCUGGAAACAAGUCAAAAUCGGAAUUCAAAGCAGUCUGAUAGCCAUCCCACCUAACUUACUCGUGACGUUAAUGUUCAAGAACAUAAGAUCAAGUGGUGAAUUCUAUGAUACAGUAGAGGGAAGUAAGAAAACAAAGACUCGGGGUUUCCUGCCACCGUUUUUUCUUUACAUCGCUUGGUUGUUUUGUCUUGCCAUUGCUCUGACUGGAGCCACCGUUACCGUGUUAUAUAGCCUCACAUGGGGGGCAGAUAAGUCCAACCCAUGGUUGACAUCUAUACUGGUGUCCACUUUUCAGGAUAUCCUUAUCAAUCAGCCUGUCAAAUUGGUAGUCUUUGCGAUAGUGCUAUCACUUUUAAUCAAAAAGCCACCAGAGCAUGAAACUGUCGUAGGGCCAUCUUUUUUUCAAAGCCCAAAGGUAAAUAACGUCAAAGCCAUGCCUGCCGAAGACAACGAAGCUGAAAAAGAAUUCUACAGUAAAAAGUGGUACAUGGCUCAAGCUUUGAAAGAAUUUCUAUCAUUUGUGGUUUUAACUAUCUUCCUCAUGUUUGUGUGUUAUGGAGCUCAGGACCCAUCCCGAUUCCAACUCACCAAUUCCACGAUCAGCAUACUUGGUGACUUUAAUGAGGUGAUUAAAGGGUUCCCAGGGGGUUGGGAAAAGCUUUCUUUAUACAUUGGAAUCCCGAUAUAACGAGGUGUUAAUUUAAAGGAGAAGGAAAUAUUAUACAACUAUCCCCCGAAGGAGAGGUGAAUAGUGGUGGUGGUAUAUACAGAGACGCGAAGCGUCGAGGUAUAUAUCUAGCGCUGUUCUCCGACCCUGAGGGGGAUAGUUGUUUUAGUAUUUAUCAGAUCAGUUGGGUAAAAACAAAAAAAGAAACUUUUUGUACAUUAAAAUUGGGUUGCACGUGACGUCACCAAAAAUCAAACUAAGAAACUAUCGAUUCUUCUGAGUUUCUACUUUCACGAGGUGUUACAGUACCUAAACAUCUUUACAUAAACAAAUUUUUGGUUCGAAAGGGUUCUUCGUUUUGCGAGAGAGGACGCUUGAAUUUCCAGGCUUUUGCGUGACGCGGCAUUUUGCUGGCGGCCGGGAAAGCUCUUAUGUGGGUUAGAAACAUUACCGAUUUUGGGAGAUUUUGCAAUCUAAACAUUUCUUGUCUCAGAAUAAAUAUUACUGCGAUCUUUAUGAGUUCCUCAUGCGAAGAAUUCACGCAUUAGUAGGAAAACUCGAGAACAGAUGUUUCUGUUGGUAUCCGGCGGCCAUAUUGGUGUUCCUGAAAGGGACACCAACAUGGCGUUUCCAUACAAAGCUUAAGCUUUAUAAAUUUAGGUAAACCGAUUUUCCCAAUAUCUCGCAUUUGAAAUAUUUCACAGACCUGAUUCUUGGCAAGGGUUUUUAUAUAUUUAUCUUUUUUCAUUUACCAGAUUCUAGUCCUUCUGUACUGAAUGGUUUGCAUUUUUAUUUUUCAUUGCGUGACAGUGCAAGCCGAGAAUUAGUUGGAACGUUGUUUCCAAUUUACAAACAUUUCGGGGAUUUUGUAAAGUAGGUGUCUACGAUUUUGUCGCAAAUUCAGCAUGGAAAUAAUUUUCCACCUACCAGUUAACACCAACAAGCCAAAGUUCGUCGCUUUUUUGGUAUUUCUUUGUGCGACUGCUUCAUUUAUCGCUCAAAAGCCGUCUUUCAAAAACGUCUGGAAAUGAGACGCCAGCUUCACUCUGGUCGCAAAACAGUGAAUAGCCAAGGAUAUUCCAAGUUACAAGAGUCAAUCAAUACGCGCGAAAAUUGCUAUUCACUGAUUUGGUAAAUACUAAUGUUCAUUAUAACAAGGGUAUAUUAUAUCGGGUCACUCAGAAUUCGGUACGAUUUGAUAGUUUCCAGCUGUGGAACUGGGACAAACAGUGCCGUCUGUUGUCCUGUGUUUCGUUAUUAAUAGUAUUCGUUAUGGCGGGAUUCUAGUGUUGUGGAGAGAGCAACAAUUGUUUUUGUGUAAUUCCUGUAACUCAACAGAAAAGUCUCCAACACAAGUUUAAUUUGACGAUUUGCUGUAAUCCUUUCGUCGUUUUCAAACGUAAAUCAUAGGAAUUGACGCAGGUGAAAAUUCUUCUAUGGAAUACUUUCCAACAACAGUGCAUAGCCUUACGUUAUCAAAUCUCCAGUAAGAGUUGUUCAUUACGGAAGAUGUCACUGCCUUAUUUAUGAAACGUUGUACAUGCGGAGGGGGAGGAAAAGAUGUUCAAAAAAACCGCCACAUUCACUUUGGAAAUUAAGACACGGAGUCGUCCAGACCCUAGUUAAUCUUUAUCUAUUGUUAAUUUCUCUGUUACAAUGUUGUUCAAGAUGUUCUGUCAUUAAUUUUUUGUUCACUGUUUGUAACUGUUUUACAACUGUCGUUACAUAAAUGCGACUGAAAAAAAAAACAUCAAACCAGAAAUAAACUGUAAAUUAUAAAUGAUGCGAUGACAGCAGUUCUUCCAUUUUCGAGACGAAUUUAUUUUGGGGAAUAGUCUCUUGACCAUACUUAAUCAAACCUUUACACUUGAACUAUACUGGUAGAGUAUCGUAAGAGAUACAAGGUAAAGAACGGCAACACAUCAUAGAACAUUUACCUUUCGUUGCGAAUAAGAAAUGAUCCCCAAAAUGGACUGGUCCUCGACUAAGUGAUCCCCAAAGUUGAUGAUCCAAAACUUUGGAAUGGAUUUUAUGUGAUUACUUUAUAACAAAGGGAACCUUUUUCUCGCGCCUUCUAAAGAAAAAAGGGAAGGAGGACGCUUCAGGUCAAUUUACCCAAAAAAAAAAAAAGAAAUAAAUCUGAAAAGGAUAUGGUAUCAACAAACCUUCCAUUGUCAAUUGUAAUUUUCUUUUAAAGAACUGUUUCGUCGCUGAAAAUUUAAGACAGUUACGCAGAAAAAACUCUAUUAUUUUAACGCCCAAGCUCAACUUGUCUACUGAGGAAUACAAAGCCGGGCACCCUCUACAUAACAAGAGCUUUAUUGACUUUACUGAUCUUUUUAGAAGUGUCCAAUUAAUUUUCAGAAUAUUUAGUUUUGAUUUUUCUCUGAAGUGUUAAUUUUACGUGAUAAACAGCAAGACAUUGGUUCGUAACUUAGGAGUGUCCCAGGCCUGGGAGUGCCCGUUACGAAACAAGACAUGAUUUGAAAUAAACACACGUCAAAAUGCCCCCGAACUUAUCAAUGUCCACAGGUUUCGGUUUAUUUUGAAAGAGCACCUUGCUUACAGCUCAUGAACAUGUUGCGAAUAGUUAUAUUGACGCUUAUAUGUAUAUCCAUUUGUUGUGUCUUUGCUGGAGACAGUUACCAAGAAUCUAAACCUGGUAAUGAGAAACGCAAAAGCGAGGCAAGCGGUAGUUAUCGAGUGACAAAACAUCGUAGGAACCGUCACAUUCACGGACUAAAAAAAAAAGUCGCUUAUAAUUAUUCGGAUCCAUGAGGCACUUUAAAGAAAAUUAAACAACCUAAAACCCUUAUUUAGCCGCAAUGAAAAGCAUUGCAUUGGAAAAGAGGUCAAAGGAAAUGCUCUUGCAUUAAAGGACAAAUCAUGCCGACCAGAAACAACAAUAACUGCCGAAAAUGCGUGUCAUGACCUCUCAGUAUGAAAUAAGCGGCAAAAAUCACAUUUGCUCAAACAAAACGUUUUCCUUCAGAGGUAUAAUCUACCCGCCAGAGAGAAAAUUCAUUGGCACAAGCAGCAUUUUGGCAUGAGUUAAAAGUCGUGUGUUGCCUACCGACUUCGUUUUUACACUUGAAUGAUUUUUUCAUUUAGUUUUUAUUCAUGUAUUUAUUUUAGAACUGAAAUUUAGCGUUUAAUCUUACUUUUUGUAAUAAUAAUAAAAUAGACACGAUGAUCCACUAACUCGAGUCUAAGCCAUUCCUAUUUUUCUUUCGGGAUCACUUGCGGUCAACUUUGGGGAUCACUUGCGGUCGAGGAUCAUUUGCGGUCCAUUUUGGGAAUCAUUUGCCGUCUCGGGAUCAUUUGCGGUUGGGGAUCACUUGCGGUAUUGUACAGUACUGUAACAUAAUUUCAUGUUGUAGGUUACCAUAGCAAGUAAUGCUCGAUUUUACCAAAGCAAUGGACUGGCAUUGAUACCACCGCCCACUACCUUCUGUAAAAAAGCAUAACCUAACUACUUGCUAUGUUUAAUAAUUUAAUAAUCGCUGCUUCGUUAUCAGGUGGACAGUAAGGACUCUCUGUGGACAUGGAUUGAGAAUGACCUGCUUCCUAGCCUGUACAACACUACAUGGUACAACGGGCAGCUAUUUGAGUACAAAGAAGGAUUCAUAAGCAACAAAAAAGCCUUUAUGUUAGGAAUGCCACGGCUGAGACAAUUGAGGCUAAAGAAAAGUAACUUAGGUUUCUAUCUACAGUCCUGCCAAAAGCUUUUGGGACACGAAAUUUGCAGCAAGCCUGCAACUCAAACUUAUAAACAUUACCUUUGAAAGGUCAGAAUUUCUCCUCAACGCCUCUGAUAAAAGUUGAGGUCCAUAACUUGCACAAGAUAUCGUGAAAUGUUAUUUACCUUCUAGAUCUUAAACCUAACACAGACUGUCCAGACGUAGAGUGGAUUAAAUUUGAUUUCAAAUCCUGUAAAUGAAAGACAAAGUAUCCAGCCAAACCGUUUUGACCAGGACUGUAGAUUUAGGGUACUUCAGAGCUUCGUUGACGCAGUGUUUAAAAGUCGAGUUUAUGCUCGCGUAGCCACCAUGCUGAAUUCUAAAAAAGUCUAGGAAUUGGUUAAUCUUUCUCAGUGAUAAAAUCAGAGAUUGCGGCUACGGCAGUAGGAAUAAAAACAAUUAGCUUUCGCUUGCCAAAAAAAGCGCCCGCAAUGCUGAUUAUCAAUAAGAGCCUCUUGGUCUAUGUGUAUUAAAUAUUGCACCGAAUUAUUGGAAUUUAUAAAUCUUUCUCUUUUUUCGAGGAGAGGGGUAGAACCAAAAAAUAGAAAAAAAAAACCGUAUCCGACCAAGGGAGUGAAUAAAAAACAACUUCAUUCUACAUUAGCAGUGUUACAUCUUCAUUUACUGGAAUUGAACCUGGGCCUAAUUGGUAAGAGGCAACUGCUCUCACCAUUGCGUUAUCUUGUUUCUCUAACCCCAUCGUUAUUAAAGUAAGGCCAAUAUAGUACUGACAGGUUCAGUCGACAUAUUUAACUCUUUCCUGCUUGGGAGACAAAUGUGGAUAAAAGUCGCUCUUCUGAUCUCAAAAAUCCCCAAGAUUGCCAACUGUAUUUUUAUGAGUUACUUCAGAUUUGUUGUUUUCCCAGGAACCCAUUAAUUAAAUAGUCAUUAAUGAUGAUAAACGAAAAAAGAAUGUCCUAUUGCGCGUUACAAAAAAAUAUUCAUUGAGAAAACAAAGCCCCCUUAAUAGUGAUGAACGCUAUCCAAUGAAAUUUAUGCUUUUGUUUAGAUGAGGGAUGUUCUGCAGAUGUAUUAAGGAUAGCCAUUAAAGACGUUUACAGAAGCUGUCAUCAAACAUAUUCAAGUGAUACCGAGGACACAACUUCAUUUCAUGGUCCAAAGUGGAGCCGCUUGGAAAACUACAGCCAUUUUGAAUCUAUCUAUCAUAACAUCUAUCAGAAACCAUGGAUAUACCAAAGUGCCUCAGAGAUUAAUACUCUUUCUCACUACGCUGUGGAAGGGAAGUAUGAUGGCGGUGGCUUUGUAGCUGAUUUAGGCUACAACUUUACAACCGCUUCAAUCGUAGUACGAGAACUUAAGAAGUACGAUUGGGUUGAUGAACGUACUGCUGCUGUCUUUAUAGAGUUUACGCUGUUUAAUCCAUCGACGUGGCUUUUCUGCGACGUCAGAAAUGCCUUUGAAGUGUUGCCAUCUGGCAAGGCUGUCACUUUGGCAAACGUGAGAGCAAUUUCGCUGUAUCCGUCGCCAAAUCAUCGUUUACAGUCAUUCUAUGAGGCAUGCCAACUUUUUCUUCUUGUCGUAAUUGUGGUAUUUUUUAUUUGCGAGAUGGUGAAGUGGAUUCGCCAGAGAAAGUAUUUUCGUCAUUUUUGGAACUGGGUUGAAUUACUUGUUAUUUUGAUCUCCAUAGCAGCAAUUGCUGUGUCAUUCCUCAAGGCAAAAUAUACCUCUGAGUGUGUAAAGAGGAUACAGAAAAACCCAUACGAGUCGUUCAGUUUUGAUGUUAUUAUAAAGUUGCUGGACUUGGAAACACUGCUGCUAUCACUGGCAAUGUUCUUAAUAACGUUGAAGUUUCUGAGGAUCAUUCGCUUUAAUCCUCACAUUGGCCAAAUGUACGGCACACUUGAGACUUCCGCUCGACCGAUUCUAUCGUUUUCUGUCCUGUUUUUCGUUGCUUGUGUUGCAUUUACACAAUUUUUGUACCUGACAUUUGGGCCUUAUUUGGCCCCCUUUUCUUCGUUUACCAAUUGUCUGCAGGUGCUCUUUUACCAGGUGAUUGGCAAAUCAGUCGGCAAUAGUGAAAUGCAUGAGAUGAAUCCAGCCCUGGCGUACUUCUACAUGUGUUUCUUUUUUAUUGUCAUGUCCUUUAUUUUGAUCAACGUUUUUGUGGCUAUUUUGGUCUUGCCUUACGGAGAGGUCAGGAAAAAGGAGUGUGGUUCUAAAGAUUCAGAUGCAGAACUUGGACGGCUUGUGUACAAAACCGUCUUAAGCAAAUUCAUUGCUUUUCCAGCCAGGUUACUCCAUGUAGUGAAGCUUUCUCGAAAGAGUACACCCCCGAUCUUCUGUCAAAGAAAAGAGUAUUCUGGUAUGUUCAACAGCCCAGAUGACGUUGACGCCGAGAAAAAUACCUUGAUUCCCCCACUGGCCACCCCAGAACAAUCCGAUAUUGAAGAUAUCAACGAUGAAGAGGAAUAUACAUUCCAUGAAAACAUUAAAACUUCUUCACCGGCCAACCCAAAACAAUCUGGUAUUGAAGAUAGCAUUGAAGAAAAGGAGUAUAAAUUCCUUGAAGACAUUAAAGUCCAGUUUACUGAAAUAUCAUCUGAGCUGCAGUUCCUGCACAACUUGAUCAUAGAAGAAAGAAGCGUAAAUCGCCCUGGCAACGCAAAGUAUAUGUAG